AAUAAAAACAAAAACUUAAACAAACUGAAAUGAAAUUGAAGGCAGCUCUUCCAACGGAACUGAAAACCCUAAUAAAGCUCAAGAGCUUUGCCGGAGAAGACGAUUAGAAAAAAGCUGGCCAACACUUUUACAUUUUCGACCAGUGAAUUUGGUUUGUGGAAUCAGAGGUCGAUGGCCUCUGUUACAGCUGGGAUAACUGUGCGGAAUUCCUUGUAGUCAACCAAUAGGGAGACCAUACAGUGGAAAGUUAACUAAUCUGGCAUGGAUGCUGAAGCUGAGAGGGAACGUAGGGAGCAUCAUGCUGGGGAAAGCACUGAAUUGAAUAAGGGCGAAAAGCAAAAUACAAAUGAGUGUUUGACCGGGAGGGAACAAAGUGUUCACGUUGAUGAUGACAAUGCUAAACCUCAUGUUGGCAUGGAGUUUGAUUCAGAAGAUGCUGCCAAAACAUUUUAUGAUGCAUAUGGCAGACGUGUAGGUUUUAGCAUCCAUGUUGGUCAAUUCAGUCGUAGUAAGCCGGAUGGACCAAUUGUAACUUGGGAGUUUGCAUGUUCCAGAGAGGUAUUUAAAAGGAAGAAUGUUGAAAGUUGCAAUGCGAUGCUAAGGUUGGAAAGAAAGGACCAGGACAGUUGGGUAGUCACAAAGUUUAUUGAGGACCACAACCAUUCUAUGGCUAGUCCUGGUAAGGUCCAUUACCUUCGACCCCGUAGGCAUUUUGCUGGUGCAACAAAGAAUGUGGCUGAUACAUUAGAUCUUCCUAGUGAUAUUUUUGUUUCAGCAGAUGGUAAUAAUGUUUCUCAUGAAUCCAAUCGUGUAGUUCGGAGUGUUUCACCUGUGGAAAUAAAUCGCCCAUCAAGAAAUGCUGGCCCUAUAAACUAUAUUAGGCCUUCUAGCCGAAAGAGAACUCUCGGAAGAGAUGCUCAGAACCUUUUAAAUUACUUUAAAAAAAUGCAAGCUGAAAACCCAGGCUUCUUCUAUGCAAUACAGCUAGAUGAUGACAACCGCAUGACUAAUGUGUUUUGGGCUGAUGCACGAUCAAGGGCAGCUUAUAAUUACUUUGGCGACUCUGUUAUAUUCGACACAAUGUACCGGCCAAAUCAAUACCAGGUCCCGUUUGCUCCUUUCACUGGCGUUAACAACCAUGGUCAAAUGGUAUUGUUUGGUUGUGCAUUACUUCUAGAUGAGUCGGAGUCGUCGUUUACUUGGUUAUUUAAGACAUGGCUUUCUGCCAUGAAUAACCGACCCCCUGUCUCUAUAACAACAGACCAAGAUAGGGCUAUACAGGUUGCUGUUUCUCAGGUAUUUUCAGAAACACGUCACUGUAUUUGCAAAUGGCACAUCUUGAGAGAAGGUCAGGAAAGAUUGGCUCAUAUAUAUCUUGCCCAGCCUUCCUUCUAUGGAGAGCUGUACAGCUGCAUCAACUUUUCAGAAACUAUUGAGGAUUUUGAAUCUUCGUGGGCAUCUCUCCUGGAAAGGUAUGAACUUCAGAGAAAUGAAUGGCUGCAGGCAGUGUACAAUGCUAGAAAGCAAUGGGCACCAGUUUAUUUCCGAGGCACUUUUUUUGCUGCACUUUCCUCAAGCCAAGGUGUUAGUUCUUUUUUUGAUGGUUAUGUCAAUCAACAGACCACUAUCCCAUUAUUCUUUAAGCAGUAUGAAAUUGCUCUCGAGCAUUCAUUAGAAAAAGAAAUAGAAGCAGAUUAUGAUACAAUUUGCACUACACCAGUGCUGAAAACACCAUCACCAAUGGAGCAACAGGCAGCCAACCUUUAUACAAAAAAAGUUUUUGCUAAGUUUCAAGAGGAAUUAGUUGAAACUUUUGUGUACACUGCAAAUAAGAUUGAGGGUGAUGGAGUGGUCAGUAAAUUCCGUGUUGCAAAAUAUGAACAUGAUGACAAGGCAUAUAUAGUCAGUUUAAAUAUCUCAGAAAUGAAAGCAAAUUGUAGUUGUCAGAUGUUUGAGUAUUCUGGCAUUUUGUGUAGACAUAUAUUAACUGUCUUCACUGUUACUAAUGUUCUUACCCUGCCAUCACAUUAUAUAUUGAAGCGUUGGACAAGAAAUGCCAAAGCUGCACUUGGACAGGACGAAUCAACUGAAGAUAUGCAAGGAAUUGAGUCUCUUACCUUGCGUUUUAACAAUCUAUGUCGGGAAGCAAUUAAAUAUGCACAGGAAGGAGCAGUUGCUGUAGAGACUUACAUUGCAGCAAUGAGUGCUUUACGAGAAGGUUCAAAAAAAGUUUCUGCUGUGAAGAAAAAUGUUGCUGAAAUUACAACUGCUUCUCAGGGAAGUGGAAUUAGUCAGGAAGACAGUAAUAGGAAAGUGCAUUUGCCGGCUGCCGACAUGGUUUCAACAUUGUGGCCCUGGCAAGAAGCAAUGCCACAUCGAUUUAAUCUUAAUGAUGCUGGUAUUCCCAUUUCUGAUUUCAGCUCCAUGGGCCCUGUGUCAAUUCACCGGGACGGUGGCACUUCUGAUAACACUGUUGUUCUUACCUGUUUUAAGUCGAUGACUUGGGUUAUAGAGAACAGUAAUUCAACUCAAGAUAGCAAAGUUGCCGUGAUAAACUUGAAGCUUCAAGAUUAUGGCAAGACUCCUUCAGGAGAGACAGAAGUGCAAUUUAGGCUAACACGAGUCACACUGGAGCCUAUGUUGAGAUCAAUGGCCUAUAUCAGUCAGCAACUCUCAACGCCUGCCAACAGAGUUGCUGUCAUCAAUCUGAAGCUCCAAGACACAAAGACAACAACAGGGGAAACAGAGGUAAAAUUUCAAGUAUCCAGAGAUACACUAGGUUCCAUGUUGAGAUCAAUGGCUUACAUCCGUGAGCAGCUAUGAAACCUGUGAGCAUAUAUUUCAUAGUUUUAUUCUGUGAACAAACUUUAUAGAGAUAAUUGUGCCUCGAUGCUUCGCUCCCUGCCAAGCUAAUAACACAAAUUACUGACUCAUGGCUGCCAAUUCUCGUUGUCUGAAAAGAUUCGAGCAGUAGAAUUAUUCAAGGUUGGUCCCAGUUUAUAACCAAAUAUGUGUAAUUUUAAUAUUUAUUUAACAAGUUCCAAUUUAGCCGUAAUUAGAUAUUUUUGUCAUUUCCUUGGAUCACGUUUCGUUAGGUUUAAGCUUAUUAGGGUUAGCACUUCAUUUCUCUAACUCACCUAAUAUACAGCGUUUCCAUGUAACUAUGUGCUGGAAACUUAUUUGUAAAUGUAAAACCUGUGAAUUGUGAAAAUUUCUUUAUGAGCUCUUUGGCUGAUAAUUUGUAUCUAAAGCUUCCGAGAUUAGAGGUC